CCUUCUAAGUUCUAUCCAUCUAUAUAAAUGCACAAAAGUGUCGGCUUUACAAUUUAUAUAAAUCUCUUUUUGCUUUCCUCUCUUUGUUUCUUUCUCUCUCCCUCGCUCGUCGCUCGCAAUCGCAGAGCUAUUGUAAGCUCUCGAACCUUCUUUCCUCCAUGGCGGCGUCCCAAGCAAGCCUCCUCCUCCAAAAGCAACUCAAAGAUCUUUGUAAGAACCCGGUCGAUGGGUUCUCGGCCGGUCUGGUCGACGAGACCAAUAUCUUCGAAUGGAGCGUUACAAUUAUUGGACCGCCGGAUACUCUUUAUGAGGGAGGAUUUUUCAAUGCCAUUAUGAGCUUCCCAUCGAAUUACCCAAACAGCCCUCCGACAGUGAAAUUUACUUCAGAAAUAUGGCAUCCUAAUGUUUAUCCUGAUGGCCGCGUAUGCAUAUCAAUUCUUCAUCCUCCUGGUGAGGACCCAAAUGGCUAUGAGCUUGCAAGUGAGCGCUGGACACCGGUGCAUACGGUUGAAAGUAUAGUUUUAAGUAUAAUAUCAAUGCUUUCCGGUCCUAAUGACGAAUCACCUGCAAAUGUUGAAGCUGCUAAGGAAUGGAGAGAUAGGAGAGACGAGUUCAAGAAAAAAGUCAGCAGAUGUGUGAGAAAAUCACAAGAAAUGUUAUGAUCCAGCAGGCCACCAAUGCUUCUUCUCUGCUUGUGGGUGCCAGAGGGGUCUUAAACUAUGUUGGGGGGGACUGGUUCACCAGGAAAUGUGUUCGUCCUUGUACCAUGUCAUCGAAGUUCUCGCGCCCGUUUAUUUAGUUCUUUUGUUUUAUCUAAGAAUGGACGAAUUGUAUGACUUGGAACAUUUAUGUAAUUCAAAAAUGCUUUGGUUAGUGUUUGAUGACAAGCAUUCUUGUUCGAUACUUAAUGUCAUCUGCUUGAGUAACUUUGGGAUUUUUACUAGGUGUGGACUUCGGUCCAGACCAUAUUUGGAAUGGUUUUUUGUUUGGUUGUGUAUGUUUGUCAACAUGGCAAAGUCUGUAGACAAACCAGCAAAACUGAGAGGAACCCCUCCCUAUUAUUUGGA